CUAUAAUUUAUUAGUACCAUAUGUUCUGAAAUUAACGUUGAAUACACUACGAAGGGUCAAAAGUAACUUACAGUACUCAAUUUGUAAAAGAAAAGGGGGAAAAUGACAUUCGGGUGAUGAACUUUCUAAAAUCAAUGUACAGCUGACCUAUAUUUGGCAAAAUAAAUCAAAUUAUUAAAUCAUAAAUGGCCAUUCUGUCACUGUCAGGAAUGCUGAAUGCCUUGCAAGUGCUUAAAUGUCUGAAAACAUUUACAGAUUGACAUUAAAAAAAGCUUUUGUGUACCAGUUCCACCAUCUUCUGUUUGAUGAGACUACAGUUCAGAACAGUUGAAAGGAUUUCUAUUCAACUCUCAGAAUGAAAGGAUAUUUAAUUUUUGAUAAUCUGAAUGAUUUGGUUUUCAUAAAAACUGAUAAUUCAAUGAAAAAACAUCUGCAGAAAGCUGCAGCUCAGAAUGGCUUCGUUGAAACCCACGGUGAUUCUGGAUCAUUUGACUACAUAUCUGACCAAACGGAUGGAUACAGUCGAGGAGGUAUAGACAUAAGCCGAAAUGCUAUUGUGCAGCUGUUUUCUCCACUCAUUACCUCUCAACGUGUCAUGCUGGGCCAAUUCCUGAAUCUCUAUACUUUAGUAGAAUGUAGUGACGGAGUAUUAAUGGCAUUUAAAGAGUAUUUAGGUUUUUUGUUCAUAUGCGUGGGAACUUUGAAAGAAGACACACAGUUGAUAUUGGAGAGAAGACUACACGUGUUUUUGGUGUCUGUUAAACUGUUGUACGGACCUGCUGUUCAUCUCCUUAAGGAUGACUAUGUGGGGAACAGUAGGAAGGCUGUGAUCCUUACAGAGAUCUUUGAUAAGUGGGAUGAGCUGAGAUUACGUGAGCAGUCCUUUCUUGUGGAAGCUGUUGAGAAGCUAAAAGUUAGUCACAGUUUAAAUGCAUCAUGUGUUAAGCUAUUACAAGCUGUGUUGGAGAAGGUUAGAAGAAAUUGUCGUGUUCAAGAGUCUGCAUGCCAUGCCUUUUUAUUGGUUGAUUGUAAGAUAUUAGCACUAUACUCAAGUCGAAAUGCCAGUGAACUUGAUAAAACUGACCUGUUCCUGCUCAUCUUGCUGACACAAGUGCUUCAACUAGAUAAACUAAAGGAAACUGAUAGCGAUACAGCAGAACAAAAGGUGUCUACGGAUAAUGCCAGCAGUUUCCAGUCAUAUUCAGAGACUGAAAGUGACAAGAAAACAUCUGUUUCUGAUAAAUCUGAAUCCCAGGUUCCAACAGAGGAGUUGGGAAAUGUUACUUGUGGAAUUGAAGUGACAGAAGAAAACUGCAAGAGCGGUAUUUUUACUGCUGUUACAGAACUGCAACACUUACUUGUUUUCUUGAAAUCUUGUUUUGAAACAGCUAUCCCAUACAUGGUUCAUACUGUCACUGUAUUGGAUCAUCUUGUGUUAGUGAUUGUUGGAGAGAUCAAGAAAAGCACAAUAUCGCAUGGUGUAACGAAGUUACUCAUAGCACUGCACAACCUCCAGAAUCGACCUUUGGAGAGUAAACAGUGUUUUACAAUGGAGAAACUUGAGAGCAAUAUUGUUCGUAUUAUUGACAGUAUCAAAAAGAUGAGACUGACAGGUGAACAGGAUUAUUGUGUCCGUAGUUUUCUCAGUCGAUGGGAACAUGUGAAAAAGAAUGACUUGAUGAACUUUAUAAAUCACUCGGAGGAAAAACAGUUGCCAGCAAGGCUCGAUUCUGCAGUGUCUGCUCUAUGCAGCAGUUUGCACGGAAUGUUUGAAGAAUUCGUAUUCAAGUCGGAACUCACUCAUGAAAAUGAUCCAAGUCCCGCAAUGAUAUUGGCCCUUCAGACUGUGCAGGAACUGGUUAGGUCUAAGCUGCAUCAUUAUGAAGAAUACCUAGAAGUAAAAACAAGAAGAAAUUUGGGCAUGACUACCUACCUUCAGGACUUCCCAGAUCUGUUACACUUCCUCUAUUUGGAUAGAGCCAACAAUUAUCUCUUGACGCCGUCCUUGGAAACUGACCAAGAAACUAUGUCUGUACAGGGAUUAGAUAGAGUUUCUCUGGAAGUUGUUUGGGACAUGGUUAACUUUGCGUAUGAAUACCUGUACAAGGGCAAUACAUCUGUAACUUGGAGAGAUGACAAGUAUUUUUACUUCUACCUACUUUGGUUCGAAGAUCCAAGG